UCCUCCCUCUUCUCUCUGGCAGGUGGAGGUGGAAGUAGAGAGUAUGGACAAGGCUGGUAACUUCAUCGGCUGGCUUCACAUCGAGGGGGUCAACCUAUCGGUGGCGCUGGUAGAGAACGCCCUAUCAAAGGUCCACUUCACGGCCGAGCGUAGCUCCUACUACAAGACCCUGGUAUCCGGAGAGGAGGCCUCUCGUCUCAGGAAAGACAAGAUCUGGGCCAACUAUGAGGAGAAGAAGGUGGAGGAGGUGGUGCACGUGAUGGAGGAGAAAGAGCGCACAGCCAACUACAGAGCUGUAUAUGUCACCGAGAUCACGGACACCAUGCACUUCUACACCCAGGACGUGGAGACAGGCACCCAGCUGGAGAACCUGAUGGAGACCAUGAGGGCAGAGAUCGCCGCCCAGCCCCCAGUGGAGGGCUCGUACGCUGCCCGCCGAGGGGACUACUGCAUCGCCAAUUUCUCCGCCGACGGAGAGUGGUACAGAGCCCGGGUGGAGAAAGUUCAAUCGCCAGCAAAGGUCCAUGUGUUCUACAUCGACUAUGGCAACAGGGAGAUAGUGCCGUCCACGCGCCUGGCUGUCAUUCCCCCGGCCUUCAGCACUCGGACCCUGGCUGCACAAGCCACUGAGUACACCUUCGCCUACAUCCAGGUCCCACAAGACGAGGAUGCGCGUGCUGACGUGGUGGACAGCCUGGUGCGGGACAUCCAGAACACCCAGUGUCUCCUCAACGUGGAGCACAGUGGCGUCACCUGCCCCCACGUCACACUGCAGUUCGCCGACUCCAAGGACGACGUGGGCCUCAGCCUGGUCAAGGAGGGCAUGGUCAUGGUGGACGUGCGGAAAGAGAAGCACCUGCAGAAAAUGGUGACGGAGUAUCUCAACGGUCAGGAGUCUGCCAAGACUGCCAGGCUCAACAUCUGGCGCUACGGAGACUUCCGUGACGACGACGCAGACGAGUUUGGCUACAAACUAAAAAAAUGAAAACCGCACGGCGCCAUUCCAAAGACCAACGCGGAAGACGAGAUGCACUCAUUGGACGAGAAAAAGUGACAGAAAACGAUUCAACGAAAAUAAAACAAAGUAAAGGACAAGCAUUGUCUCUCUCUCUUCCUUUUAUUCCAUGUUCAUCCUCCUGGUCCUCUCUCCUGCUACUCUGCGCAUCCCUUCCUCCUCCUCCUCCCUCCUGACUCUGAAAGAGCACGCUAUAGCUAUGAACUCAUAAAAACAGUGACUGUCCAAUCCUUCCUCUUCUCCACCCUUCCUGAGCCACUACCAGUUGUUCUUAUCAUGCCCCCCCCCCCGCUGCAGAGCUCCGUUAAUUGCCAUGUCAUCCUUUCAACCCCUUUCCUGGUUAGUGAUGUCAUACGCCCACACUAAUCAUGCGCAUCGCUACCUUACCCUAUCCCUACCACAGCCAAUCCCUCCUAUCCGUUGUACAGGAAAGGGGCUAGGCCUUGAGAAGAGGAUCCAUUCACUUUUAUUAUUAACAGCUUUUUGCAGAGAGAAACGCUUCCUUAAUGAAUGACAAGAAAUGAAUAAUGCUAUGUUUUAUGAAGUUAAUUUGAAAAAGCUAGCUCGAGAUCCACACCAACCGGACAAGCUUAUUUCUGUCCUUGAUGUAUGCCUAUGUGAUAUGACAUUUAAUGACGUUUAUGUUGGGAGUGUUUUAUUCUCGUCUUUCUUCUUCUUCUCUCUCCCUCUCGUGGCCAGAACACCUUGACAAACAGCAUUUUCUCAUCUUCCUCCUUCUGUAAUGUUUACAUAUGAUGGUGACAUGAUGAUCUCUCUCUCUCUCUCUCUCUCUCUCUCUCUCUCUCUCUCUCUCUCUCUCUCUCUCUCUCUCUCUCUCUCUCUCUCAGUCUCUCUCUCUCUCUGUCUCUGUCUCUGUAUGCCGUAGCAGAAACAGUGUUUGAAUUUGUUUCCUUAUGACAGCCCUUGUCGUUGUAUUAAAAAAUUCUGCUGAAUAAAAAUGAGCAAAUGAUUAAAAAGAA